AUGGCUCAUACCAGUACUCAUGAUAUGCUGUGGGAACCAGAACCGCCAUCACAAUCUAAAGCUGCCAUUGGAGAUGACCAGAUCACGGAAGUGCCUCAUGAUACACCACAAGACACGCGCAAACGCAAGCUGUACAAUGCAGAGGCAAUGUUCUACUCCAUGGCCAAGCGCCGUCGACCCGCCGCACCUUCCCCAGCGUUCACAGCACUAGGCAUACAGACCUCACCCUCCAACCACUCCGAUGUUGACUGGCUAACCAGCACCACGCCGUCAAGCACGGAGAUUGGAAGAGGGGACCACGGGCAGGAUCCCGCGGCCACUCUCGAUCAGAGGCGAUCUACGGCACAGCCAGAACUCGAUUGGUUAGAUGACACGGGAGCGCCAGUCACCACCGUGCAAGGUACGGCAGCUCCUCAGUCACAAAAAGUCCGCCCUCAACAAGACUCUCCGGCCAUAACCAGCGGUCAAUUCCAUAACCAUUACAACCCUGCCUUCGUCGAGUCCCGCUCGAGCCAGGACGGCAGCCCUAUCAAGCAAGGCAACAUUCCAACUUCGGCGCUGUUCGACGGUAAAGGUCGGCCCCAUGUCGCGGCCUCGCUGUUUGCGAGCAAGGGAGAUAGCACGCCCGAUGGACCAGAGCCAAUCACGGAGCGACAAUGCUUCAGUAGCGACCGUGAAGAGGUUUGGCUAGGGUCACUGAAGCUGCAAGCACCCAUCAGUACGCCACGGGUCACAAAGCAUCAUGGAGACGUCUCCCCUAAGCUGUCACGACACCCGAACCGACCGGCCAGAUCGGGGCAUGCAGAAGAGACAUUGGUGAUGUAUUCCGAUUCUUCGCAGCUUGGGAGUGGACUGUGCAUAGCCGAUUCUCAAAAAUGCCCGAGCAACUUGGCUGUUGACCCCAUCGGCCACCACAGCAAGCUACCUCAUACUCAACUUCCAUCCCUGUAUGUCCGAUGCAGCAUAGACGAGUGCGAUUCCCGCCACCAAGUCUGUGCGGCGAUUGAUGAUCAGCCAGCAUGUCUUGGCUGUUUCUCACGCUGGGCAUAUCACCCCGACACAACCCCUGACGAUAGCUUGACUCCAAAUCUGGUAGUGACACCGUCCUUGCGUGCCAUCACGGCGACCUGCGAGAACUCAUUCUGUACCGUCAAUAUCCUCUUGAGCGAUGAGCAAUGUGAAGCGAGUCUGUGGAAAAUGCAGGUCCACGACGGCAUCUCUCUUUGUGGUCCUUGUGGACUAUUCUAUGAAAGGCACGGCGGUGCUAUGCGGCCACAGCAAAAAUGUAGGCUGGAUCAACUGGGACUGGCACUGGAGUCGGUAAAUUCUCCUGUGUGCAGGAAUUCGAACUGCAAUUGGGAUAGUGCAUUAGGACACAUGAUUGAGAUCCGGGGAACCAACGAGACAGUGCGGGUCAAAGCCGACAAAACCGCGCUUGCGCAGGACACGGGUUUCUGUCUGCGCUGUCAAGAACACUGGUUGAGGAAUGGCACGGAGCGACCAAAGGAUACAUGUGACAAGAUGGUGGCCGACCUCAUGUUGCGGUUCCAGAACCCGGGCCGAUGGGACGGUCUUUACACUAGGCUUGAAUUACUCGACGUGCGACGGCGGGCUUACGCAAUCAACGCGGGCAUGCGACUUGUUGCCAGAUCAGGUGCUUGA